CUACCACUCAACCCUCUCAAGAUGAACCAACUCGAAUACACUCUCAUCGACUCAAACCAAAGAACAACAACAUCAACAACAAACCAAGCAACCCAACUAAUCGAUCACUUCCUCAAUCACAGAUGGAACUCAAUCAUCAACCACAACCUACUAAGGACCUACUUCAGCCUAGACCAACACUACCAACUAACACUCACCAACAACACUCAUCAAAAGGAAGAAGAAGAAGAAGAACCACUCAUCAAACUCAGCUUCAUCGCAACACUCCUCUCAGUCUAUGUUCAGAUCAACUACACCGGACCAACUCAAUUCGAACUCCAACCCAUCUCAAUCCUCAACCAAACCGAAAACCAAGACCAAGACCAAGAAGAAUCCGAGUUGAAUUCGAUCAGUUUAGAGGCACUAUCACUAGCAGGCGAGCCAGCCUACCAUCUAGCCAAAUCAGCCACCUACCUCCUAAUGGCCAUCCAACUGAUCGACAAGCUCAUCUCGACCGUCGAUCUCACUCAAUUCCCAACGAUCGUCUGGUGGAAACUGAGAGCAGAGAUCCUACGAAGACAACUCUUUGAUCAGCCGAUCCCACUCUCCGAUCAACUACUAAAACAGAUCGACCAACUCUCAUCACACCUUUCCUCAACCAACCACUCAUCUGCCUAUGAUCUUGACCUGUUACCCUUGUUGACACUCGAAAGAGGUCUCGCUGAACAUCUCACUGGGAACGAGAAGGCGGCCAAUAUCCUAUUCAGGAAGGCAGUCACUCAAGCAAAAUUGGAAUAUGAACUGACUGGGAUACCCGGAAAGAGGACGAAAUUUCAGGAAAAAGAAAUCAGUCAAUUGGUCGUCUUGGCUCAAAGUCGAACUCGAAACUCGACAAUAACAGCCACAAGUGUCCCCACUCCAUCCACAAAAGAUUCGAUGCCAGUCACACUAGCCCUAGAUGAUGAUACCCUGAUGGAGAAGACCCAGUUCACUCAAUCCACUGACUCGCCUUUGAAGCUGGACCCUUCAAACCAACCCAACCUACAUCCUCUCGAUCAAGCACUACUCCUAGCCCUCUCACUUUCGAUCAAAAAUACCAGCCCAGCCCACGGGCUAACGAACGCCCAGAUGGCCCCAUUCGUCGAACGUGUGCUCGAGAAUCCUAAUAAUUGGUCGAUCCACAGUAUGGCCCUGCUGAUCCGCAGUCGACUGGAGGCCCAUCGGACCCGGACUGUCGAGCGAGGGCUGCUCCAGCUCCAAGCAUUGGUCGACCAAUUGAGCAAGGAGGCCGAGAAUGACCCGGUGGAUAAGGCGACGGCCUUGGAGCGAGUCCGUUGCACUUGGUCUCUCGCUUUGCCCUCGCGAUGGGAGUUGGAGAAGGAGCUCGGCCAGAAGUUCAGCGGGCUAGGCCUGACCCGGAGUGCGAUGGAGAUCUUCGAGCGACUCGAGAUGUGGGAGCAUGUCGUCCAGUGUCACCUCAACCUAGACUCCAAGACGCUCGGGAUCGAGCUGGUCCGGGAGCUCAUCGAGGGCAAGAAGGUCGAGUCGAGUCUCAAGAUGUCCCGCUAUCGCUCGACGAGGGACCCCAAACGACUGGGCAAACUCUGGUGUCUUCUAGCCGAACUCGAGUCCCAGCCCGAACAUUGGCAGACUGCCUGGAACGUCAGCCAACACACCUCCAGUCGGGCGAUGCGCUCCUUGGGCGCACAUCAUUUCAUGCAGGGAGACUAUCCCAAAGCCAAAGAAUGUCUCUUACGCGCCCUCGAAAUCAACCCACUCUUUAACAAGACCUGGUUCAUCUAUGGUUGUGCGGCGAUGAGGACUGAUGAUUGGGACGAGGCCGAGCGCGCAUUCCGUCGUUGUGUAGGGCUAGACGACGAGGAUGCGGAGGCAUGGAACAAUCUCGCCACGGUGCAUCUGAAGAAGGCCAGUCUGAUCGACGAGUCACAGGCCAAUGAGGGAGAGGAAACAGAUGUGAAAAUCAAGCCACUGUUAUCUGAUGAUGAUGAUGAUGGAGAUUUGCUCGGCACGAAGGACGACGAAAGCCACGAUCUUCCGGAUGAGGAUCCCCAGCCCGGCUUAGGACGAAAGUUUUCGCGGCCGAUGGCGGCAUUUUACGCGCUCCAACAGGCGGUCAAGUUGUCGUAUGACUCGUGGCGGAUGUACACGAAUUACAUGUUGAUCGCGAUGAGUGUGGGGGAGUACAUGGAGGCGACACGGGCGUUGGGUCGGGUGGUGGAGAUCCGGGGGGAGGCAGGGGUGGACAUGGAGGUCCUGGCGAAGCUAGUGAAGGUGAUCAUGCUCCAACGGUCCGAUGCGGCCAAGACGGAUGAGUGGAGUGAGACGGACAAAGGGAUUAGACAGGCCAGACUGUUCGAGCGCUUGGUCGACGUCAUCGACCGGGUCGUCCUGCCCAAGACACCGACAAUGCCCGCCCUCUGGGAGCUCCGAUCAGAGCUGGCCGAGCUUGAUGGCGAUCUUGAGGCCGCAUUACGCUUCCAAAUGGAGAGCUACAGGGUCGGUGUCUCGGCCACAACCGAUCGGUGGCUCAGCUCACUAGACGAAUGGCUCGCAGCUAUCGAAUUACUCAAACGUACAAUCCAAAAACUCGCUCGUCUUGGACCCCUACUCCCUACUGUUAUCUCGGAUGAGAAUCCUAAAAAGUCUGGCUUCGUUAAUUGGAAAUGGCAGGCUAAAAAUCUCGCCUCCAAUUUCUUGGCUAAAUCUAAAUCUACUUUUGAUGAUCAUCCUUCUUUUGAAGACUUGGCCGACUUCUCAAAAUCUCUUUUCUCUUGACUCUCUCUCUCUCUCUCUCUUGACUCUCACUUCUCUCGUCGCUUCAACACGCACACACACACCUCUACACAUUUUCAAACUCAUUUCUUUUUCUUGCCUUUGGUUCUAUCUGCUUAUAAUUAUGCACCCUUUCUUUAUUAAACAACUCAGGAUUUUUUAUUAUUAAACAAACUGUGAAUUUUUGCCAAUAGACACAGUUGGACUUCCAAUAAGAUAAUAGCAGACAGCGGGACUUCCAUACAAGUUUUAUGUACAGACGUCAGACCCCCAAGCGUGCCAAACUUGAGUGGAAAACACCAACUAUUACUCUCCUAGCGCG